AUGGCCACCGGACCAGUGCUUGCAGAUCCUAUUCCGCCGCCUCCACCCUUUCAUCAUCCUGCACUUGGCACUAUUCGGGGAAUAUCGAAGAAUGGCGCUUACCAGUAUCUCGGCAUCAAGUAUGCCACUCUAGAGAAUCGCCUGGCUGAACCACGAUUGAUGCAAUACAAUGGAGAUGGCGAGAUCAACGCCACAAUGCACGGUGCCCCUGUAGUUUCUCCAGAGUUCUCCUAUGACAUGGAGGCAGCUUUUAUUCACCGGGGCCUCCCCAAGGAUGAAAUCCCCCCAAUUUCUGAUCUCGACGGUUUGAAUUUGAACCUCACGCUACCAGCGAAGGGAGGCAAAGACUUGCCCGUCGUCGUUUACAUCCAUGGCGGUGGAUUUGCCUUCGGUUCCAGCUGGUAUCCACACUACGAUCAAUCUAAGGUCAUCUCCCUGGCCGAGGAAAUGAAUCAAAGCAUUAUUGGAGUGAAUUUCAAUUAUCGACUUGGUGUACCUGGAUUCUUAACCUCCAAAGAGUUUGAGAGUGCUGGAAUUACGGGAAAUCGAGGUCUCCAGGACAUACGGGUUGCACUGCAGUGGGUUCAGAAAUACAUUCUUGGAUUUGGGGGCGAUCCUGGCAAAAUCACUGUUGUUGGUCAAAGUGCAGGAGGAGGUAAGUCUGCAAUCAAUUACUUGUUGCAUUCUGAUGAGCCCUUGUUUGACCAGGCCAUGCUGCUCGGUGGCACGUUCCUCAUGAUGAGGCCAAGCUCGCAAGAAACCACCGACAAACAGUACGAAGCCAUUGUGAAGCAUCUUGGCUUGGAGGACUUGGAACCUGCUGAGCGCAUCAAUGCGUUUUUAACAAUGCCCUCCGAGCGUUUUGUUAACGACAUGGCUCCGGAAAUGAUGUCUCUCACGGUAGCGUUGGGCGGCCCUCUCGUUCCAGGACUGGCAACCUUUGCCAACCUGACCAAUAGUGACGAACUGCCUCUUCCAGGGAGAAGAUGGUGCAAGCGAGUGUUUACUCUGGACUCCCAGUUUGACGGAUCGAUCAUGGGCCAGGCCUCUCUGAACGAUCGCGAGAGUGGUAUCAAAGAAAGAUUUUGUACUGCCAUGGAACAGAAUCUGGGGACACAUGCCGCUGCCAAGCUCCUCGAGCAGUACGAAAUAGCACCCGAGACGAGCGAUAGUGAAGCUCUCUUGAAGAUCCUUCAAAUUGUUACUGACAUUUCCUUCUUUGCACCGUCCUUUCGUAUGGCGGAGCUAUUUGAUUCCGACGAACAGAAGUGGUACAUGGGCUUCUUCAAUGAGCGCAAUCCGUGGGACGGCAUCUACAAAGGCCGUGCCAAUCACCUCUUGGACGUGUCAUUUAUCUGGGGCAAUUACAACCAGAGCUACCCAGCCAGAUGCUGGACUGUGGCCCGAGCCCUUGCGGAGACGUUGAUAAAUUUCACCUUUGGGAACGACGACGGUGAAGGCGCAUUGCCACGAUUUGACACUGCCGUGGAAGCUCGGAACAGGUUGGUCAAAAUUUACGGACCUAGCGAUGAUGGGAUUGACAGCAAGGUCGUACAAUUCGGUGAUGAGAGGGCAACACAGCGAAGCUUGAAGAUCUUCAAAUUGGCCGAUCAAACGCCCGGUGGAUUGGAUGCCUUACUGGAUGCAAUAAUGGCUUUUCUGUAA